GGGGAAGAGGGCGUGAACAACAGCCAGCGCCGCCCUCGGUAGGCUCUGCGGGCCCUGCGGUCUGCCGAUCUCUGUGGGUUCCACAACUUCCUCACUUCCCUAAAUGGGCAACUGCACUUUGAGAAGGCCAGGUCCUUCCCUGGCAGACCUAAGUGGCACAUCCUGCAUUGGCCUGGGCCCUUAACCCUGGAUUCGAGGUGUCCCGGCCCCCUGCUGGCCUGUGACUGUCCCCAACUGGAUGGAGCCAUGGCUCCCACCUUCCUGCUGUUACUGCUGGGGCUGCUGUGGUUCCAGCGCCCUGUCUCAGGUGUCCCUGCCGAGAACGUGUACACUAAAGUCCAGCACUUUGAAGGGGAGACUCUGUCUGUGCAGUGCUCCUACAAGAGCCGCAAAAACCACAUGGAGGGCAAGGUAUGGUGCAAAAUCAGGAGGAAGCGGUGUGAGCCUGGAUUCGCCCGGGGCUGGGUACAGGGGACGCGCUACCAGCUGCAGGACGAUCCCAAGGCCAAGGUGGUCAAGAUCACCAUGGCAGCCCUCAGGCGCCAGGACUCCGGCAGGUACUGGUGCAUGCGCAACAGCUCAGGAACCCUGUACCCCCUGACGGGUUUCCUGCUGGAAGUGUCUCCAGCCUCCACAACCAGGAGAAGCACUCCUCUUAGACAGCUGGCCAAUAUCCUCAAGAGCAGAAUUGUUGUCACAUCGGGCCCAGGCCCCACCUCAGGCUCUGAUGCCCCUUUCACCACCAGCAUGACAGUUUUCACACCUGGCCUCCUCACCUUGACCAGUCUCGUGCCCCCGACUGCCUCAGAGUCCAUCAGACUGACCUCCAUGACAGGCUUCAGCUUCACCAGCCCUGGCCCUUCUACCAUGGGGCCCAGGAGGACCGUGGAAUCCCAGACAGUGACUGUGUCUCCAAGUGAUGCCAGAGCCUCCUCUGCUGCCCCAGCAUCCAUCUCCACCAGGGCUGGGCAUCUGCACACCAGAUCACCCACCACAGGAAUGUGCCAGACCGGCGGGUCUCUCCUCAACAAAUUAUCCCCUGUCAGGCACCAGGAUUCGUAUUCCAUUGUGCUCCCGGGGUUGCUGAUCUUCCUCCCAGUGUCUCUGAUGUUGAUUGCGGUCUAUGGGCUCUGGAAGAAGAGACACAGGGGAAGCUACAGGGUGUGCAACAAUCCUGCUAGACCCUGGAGGGACCCACUUGGAAGACUGGAGCCUCCAUGGAAGCCUGCUUGGUCUGAGGCAACUUAACUAUGUAUUGCGUGAGCUCCUCCUGGAGGGGCCUUUGGAGGCCAGAGGAGGAUGAAGACGGGGGCCUGUUUGAACUGGAACCCAGCUGAGGGCUGAGGACUUGCUCAGGGCUGGACUCAGGCCUCUCCAGAACCAGAGGCUGCUCUUGGUCCUCUCAGCCCACUCAGUCCUCUUGGGCUGCCGGGGGCCUGGAACAGCCCCCAGAUUGGGGGUACCAGGCAGAAAACCCCAGGGGAAGCCACCGAGGGGAAUCAGCUCAGAGCUGCAGAGCCCUGGGUCCCCUCUGGGUGGUGGGGAAGACUUGACGGUGCUGUACACAGAGAGUUCUGGUCCUGUGGGCCUCAGAACCCCUUGCUAUGGAGCAGAGGGGAGCGGACAGGUGAACAGCUGCCCUCUCCCCAUCUGGAACCCUGUGUCCUCAGCUUUCCUCUGCUUCCCUCAAGCUUCCCCAUGUGCUUGGGGAAGAAAGAGUCCCAGAGGCAAUCAGUGUCUCAAGGGUCCUGCCAUGGAGGGGAAGGAACAGCGACCAAGAGCUGGAGGCCCACAGGGGUGUUGGCAGUAGGGGACCCCAGCGCAGUCCAAGUCCCCCAUCCCCAGAGUCCUGUGACCUCUGAUGGGCCUCUGGAUGUGUCCUGCCCUGACUGCAGCUGCUUGUCACUCAAGUCCUGGGAACCAGCAGAGCCCACCCUCCCACUGGUGCUACCCAUUGGCCAGCUCUCCAGGGAAAGCUGUGACCAGGCUGCCCAGAGCCGCGUGGUGUCAGGACCAGCCUGUCCCCAGACUGGUGUGUAGAGGCUGCACUCAGGGCCCUCUCCCCCAGUUCCCAGCUCCAGGUCUGAGCUCCCACAGGAGACUGAGAGCCCUCCAGAGUCCACUGCAGGGGAGGCCACGGUUCAGAGAAGUAGUAGAUCAUCUGCCUUCCUCUGGGAUUCAUCAUCCCCUGGGAAGAGAGGAGCUGCUUGUGACCCAGCAAGGACAGCUUGGAGCAGAGCACAGCCUGGAGGAACACCUGGGUGGGGUAGGGGUAGGGAGGAUGGUGCUGAGGAGCCUCGAUGGGGGCCCAAUGGCCCUAGGAGUCUGGCCUCAGCUUCACUGGCUCCUGGCUCAGACUUGGCCUCUUCCACAGUGAGGGCUGGAGAAUAUGGGCUGGCUUUGUCCCGUGGAACAGGGGCUCCACCAGCCUGAGCACCUGGAAUAAGCCCCCAGGGAUUGAUGUGACAUCUUCACUCCCCACCCUGGGACAGGGACCUCCCAGGUGGGGGAGCAAAUGUCAUAGUCAGGAGAGUGACACAGCUCAGGCCUUGAUGGGUAGCUGGGGGACCACUCCAGAAUGGAUGUGGGGAGAGAGAAAGGGGCCGGAGAUAAUCCCGGGGGACAGCACGGUGGAGGCACCUCUUUCCUAUGUCCAGGAGAGGGCACUAGAGGAGAGACUCAGAUUGAGGAACUAACAAACCUGGUGCCAGGACACAGACACACACACACACCCAACCCCACCCCACCCCACCCCACCCCCAUCCUCCCUACUAGGAGAGGGUGGCCAUGACCUUGGUGUCUAGAGGGGGCUUAAUUUCCCUGCGGGAAAAUAGCUCCCUAAAAGCCCCCCUCCAUUCGCGAUCCUACAACAGCACACUGACCGCCCUGCCUCAUCUGAGAACAGGAUGUCCUGUGGGAGAGCAGCAGAGGGCUUAGGACUGCGGCCUAGUGAGGCCACCUGUCUGUGUAACCCUGUGUGAGUCACUAACCCUGCUGGCUCUCAUUUUCCUCUCUUGUGAAAGGGGACACUAAUGCCUACCUCUCAAGACUGCCUUUGGGAUAAAAAGGAGUCACCUGAACCUCACGCACCUGAGUAAAUGCCUCGUGAUUGCUGGCCUGCAAGCUCUCCUCCAGCUCCAGCGGUCUUUGUCUGCACUGAAGACCUUUGGACCCUAUUUCUCUGUUUUUUGCUCAACUGGAAGGGGCAAGGGAGGGCAGAGGGGCACAUGGUCAGGCCUCACAUUGUGGGUGCUGGACCCAGGCAGAGGCAUUUGGCUGUGCCCUGAUGCUAGGCAGGGAAGCUGUGAGGAGACCUGCCAUCCCUCUUUGCCCAGGAUGAGACGCUCCUGGAACGGGGGGAGCCUGCCCGACGUGCCCGCCCACAGAUCCUGCUCCCACAUGAACCCCACAGUAAGAACACAGGGCACUUAGAAAGGGCUCUAGAUUCCCUGCCCCUGCUCUCCACCUCCGGAGGGCCCUGGGGGGCUUCUUUGGACCUCCGGUGCUCUGGGACAUUGUCCUCAAAGCCCCAGCGCUUCAUUUUCUCCUUCCUGCUCCUCCUCCUCCUCCUCGCCCUGGAGCUGCAGGAGGACCCAGAGCCCGGACAGACAGAGGGCAGGGAAGGGCAGGACACCUGCAAGUAUUGAACGGGCCAGGGCUGCUGCGGCCUUUAGUGGGUAAGGCAAUGAAGCUUCCUGAGCAGUGGGCUGUGAUGAUGGGACACACCUGUGAAGGGCUUCCUGUCAUGACCAAGGGCAAGGACACAUAAAAAAAAAAAAAAAAAAAAAAAAAACAACCCCAGCACGGAGGGGGGUUUCCUCUGCAGAGCAUGGCAGGUGGGUCCGUCACCGUGGGGUACACAUACCCCUCCAGGGAGGCCAGCAAGCAAGCCUCAGGGUCACAGUUCUCCCACAUGGCUGCAUGGUACUGGGUCGGGGAUGCUUCUCCUUCAGGCUGAUGUACUUCUUACCCCACUGCUGGGAGUAGUGAGAGCCCCUCUGGGGGCUGCUGCAGCUGCACAGAGCCAAGCCCUUCCUGGAGAGGCCUGCCACCUGCCACCGCCCACUCCCGAAGGGCUGCUGCAGGGCCUGAAGCCCCAUCAUUCCCUUGCCAUCCUGGAGAGCCUCCUGUCCUCGGAAGUCCUCACACCCUGAGCUUCCUGUUGUCCUUGUCCUGCUUCCUGUCCUCCUAGUCCGGGCUUGUUCCCCGGGCACUUUAGGCCUGCUGUGCUCAUCUCCACCUCAGAGUCUGCACACCACAUGCCUGACCUGCCACAUUGCAUUGUUCACGGGGUUUUCUUCUUUCUGGGUUGUAAAGAGCCUGUGAUUAUAGUAGCUCUUCUAAUGACAAUUAUUCCUUAAGAUGUGCUUGAUUACUGUGGUCCUUUGACAAAUGCUUAUGGAGUGAUUAUGGCAGGCUGAGAGCUGGGGAACUGGGGUGACCUGGAGAAGGAACCCCCCCCCCAGGUCCCAUCCUUCUGCAUCUAUCUCCUCCCACCGACUCCCCUCCCCACCGAUUAUGUCCGAAGCUUCACUCUCUCCCACCCUUACCAGGGGCAUUCCCCGUACCUCCAUUUCUGGAAAUGACUCUCCCUCUCCUUUCUCCUCGGUCCCUCCAAUCCCCACAGAGCUCCCCAGCUCCCAGACAGGCCUGGGCAGGAAGUCUCGGACCACUGGGCACCUCCAAAGGGUCCCCUAACUCUGUCACUCACCUUCAGCUGGACCUUUCUACUUGCGGGGAGGACAUACUUGGGAACGGGAGGAAGUGGUAGAUUAGAGGGGAAAGCAGAAAGGAGAAAUAGGUUCUGGUUUCAACAGAGUUUCUUCCUGGACUUUCACAGCUUUCUACACCCUAAUCCCAAUGCAACAAGGAGGAAGAGGCUGGGCAAGAGUCAGCCGACAGAAGCUUCAGAAUCCCCUGGAGCCUCAGCUCUGAGACUGGACGCGGCCCACAUGUAGCACCUGCAGCACAAGGCUCCUGCUUACAGGCCAAGACCUCCUCUCCUCCCA